CAAGCUACACUCUCCCGGCUUUAAUCACUUUGACGUUACUAGUAGCAAUCUGCAAACUUGACCUCAAUAAGCCAAAGCGCACGCCAAGUCGCUAAUACCACCACCGCCGCCCCGUGACGACCUCCCCUCCCCGCCUCCGAUCUCCGGCCAUGGCCGCGCGCCGCCCCGGAUCGCCCGCUCCCAGGUGGGCGCCAUGGCCCCUCCUCGCCGCCGCCGCCGUGCUCCUCCUCCUCUCGGCCGCGCCGCGGACGGCGCGCGCCCUCCGGUUCGACCUCGAGUCCGGCCACACCAAGUGCAUCUCCGACGAGAUCAAGGUCAACUCCAUGGUCGUCGGGAAGUACCACGUCGUCGGCCCCGACCCCAACUUCCCCGACAACCCUCUCCCCGACUCCCACCGCAUCUCCCUCAGGGUGACGUCACCGUACGGGAACAGCGUGCACUACGCGGAGAACGUGCCGUCGGGGAACUUCGCGUUCACGGCGACGGAGGCCGGCGACUACCUGGCCUGCUUCUGGGCGCCCGACCACAAGCCGCCGGUCUCCAUCGGGUUCGAGUUCGACUGGAGGAGCGGCGUCGCGGCCAAGGACUGGUCCAACGUCGCCAAGAAGGGGCAGGUCGAUGUGAUGGAGAUGGAGUUGAAGAAGCUAGAAGAAACCAUCAAAUCUAUCCAUGAAGAAAUGUUUUACCUACGUGAAAGGGAGGAGGAAAUGCAGAACCUGAACAAGCAAACGAACUCAAGAAUGGCAUGGCUCGGGUUCCUCUCACUCGGAAUCUGCCUAUCCGUCGCGGGGCUGCAGCUGUGGCACCUGAAGACCUUUUUUGAGAGAAAGAAGCUUCUGUAGUUCUUCUCCAAGAUCAAAAGAAUAUAUUGCAGCACGAAAGCGGCUAGGUGUACUUUUUUUUGUGUCAAGUUUAUGUUGCUUAGCGAUUACUUGUAAGCAACGAUGUGUAUUAUACUCUAUAAAUUAUAUUUAACCGUGCGCCCUAGCUUUGUCCAGUUGAAAGUUGGAACAGUUGUAAAAUGUCAUCAGGUUGAUCAUCCCAAUAUCUUCUUUA